CAUUUAGCUUGCAGCUAGCCGCUUUCUGGCCGUUUUACAGCAGUGAUGGACGUGACUCAGCUCAUGAGUGGGGCUUUAUUACGGUUUGUUAUAGUCCAAUCCAGAUUAUUGUGUCCUGGUUUUGUAGUUUUCUGCGUUAUGUGCAUGGGAGGGAGUGUGCCUGUCUGUGGGCGGUUACAAACGGUGCGUGAUUCACAAACCUUAUUUGUUCCUACUACUUUGAGCGCCAUCUUGUUUGUAACUCUUCUACGUAAGUGGUAGAGUUUCUACCGAGGGGGUAUCCGAUUACCCUUUUCUCCAGUUUUAGACUGGGAACCUCUCCCUGUAGUACUCGGGCGCAUAGUGCAGUCGCUUUAUCGCCUUUUGUCUUUCAAAGAAAAUAAGCCACAGUCUUUGUAAGUGGACAGAAAUGAGCAUCGAAACGCUUCUGGAAGCAGCCAAGUUUUUGGAAUUGCAAGCCCAGCAACAACAGAAAGCACGUGAGGAUGAACUGAAAGAAAAGCAGCGUCUGGAGCAGUUGGCAGAGCAGAAGCACUUGGAUGUGAACUAUAACUCAACAAUCCACAUCAACAAUGUUUCAAAAGCAGAGGAGCUGCGCACUGAGUGCCGCCCGGCACCCAUCCCACCCUCUCUGCCUCCCCCCUCCAUGCCCAUCACCGUCAUCCCCAUCCCUGUGGUCACCCCCAACCCGACAGGCUCACCCACUCUACCUGUGGCCACGCUGUCCCCUCCAGCCGCUCCACCGCCGGCACCCACCCUGCCACGCUCUCCACAGCCCAAACCCGACCACCCCAGCUCUGUGCUGACCGCCAACCACAAGCAGCUGAUACAGAACCACCAUCAUCACCCACAACUCAUCGCUCAAACUAACAACACUAAACUACAGCAGCAGACACACCCUCAGCUGGUCCAGCGUUACCCCGGGUCCAUCGUAUCGCCCCCACAGCAGCACGCCCUCCUCCCUCAGACGGGCCUUGUGGUCCAGCCGGCUCCUCUACAGAACGGCCCCGUCAGCCGGGGGAGUCCUCCUGAUGACGGCCGCCAGCUAGACAAGAAGAGACCUGGAGGGGCAGGCACAAGAGAAGUGCAUAACAAGCUUGAGAAAAACAGACGAGCACACUUGAAGGAGUGCUUUGAGACGCUGAAAAAGAACAUCCCCAACAUAGACGAGAAGAAGACCUCCAAUCUGAGUGUGCUGAGAAGUGCGCUGAGAUACAUUCAGACGUUGAAGCGGAAAGAGAAGGAGUACGAGCAUGACAUGGAGCGACUGGCCAGAGAGAAGAUCGCCACGCAGCAGCGUUUAGCAGAGCUGAAGAACGAUCUAAGCCAGUGGAUGGAUGUGAUUGAGAUCGACCGAGUCCUCCGACAGACGGUGCAGCCGGAGGAGGACCAGGCCUCCACCUCCACCGCCUCAGAAGGCGAAGACAUUAUGGACGAUGACAUGGAAGAUGAGACUGCGCCGAGAGCUCAGACUGCCUUACCCACGGUGCCUCAAACCCUGAAACCUGAGCUGCACAAGACUGCAACACCCACUCAGCCCCCGACCCCGACACCCACCACACCCACCACUACCUCCUUCAUCACCCAACACAUCUCCAUCCAGCACAAAGUCACUCACCAGCAGCCGCUGACAGUGACUCCUCCACAGCCAGUGUCCAAGCCUGCACCCACGCUCACAACCUCCAGCACUCCCACCACUCCCACCACUCCCAGUCAGGCCCUGAUCCCCACCCAGACACAGAUGGUGACUGCGUCCAGCCUGCACCCCACAGUUAUCGCCCACGCCUCGGUGUCUCACCCCUCCGUCAUCCAAGCAGUCAACCACGUCAUCCAAGGAGGUGCUCCCAAACACAUCGCCCACCUGGCUCCCUCCACCACCACCAGCACUGUCCAGUUAGCCCCCGGCCACCAACCCAUCGGCCACAUCACCGUGCACCCGGUGGCUCACCUGAGCCCACAUCUACCCACCCUCUACCCCCAGCAGGUGGCCGUCACACAGUCGGCUGUGGUGGGUCACAUCACCCACACCCUGAACCACGCCCACCCUCACAUGAACGGCACGGCGGCGAGCCAACCAGCUGCCACCAUCGUUGGCAAGCAGACAGCAGUGAGCACCCAAAUGGUGGCCCACCACCCACAGCUGGUGGGUCAGACGGUGCUCAACCCAGUGACAAUGGUGAUGCCCUCCUUUCCCAUCAGCACUCUAAAGCUGGCCUGAACACUGCCAACAGGACCACCAGGCUGGGAGACGAAGACGCCCCUCGACAGGGGAGAACCACAGGGCUCCGACCAGGCCACCGACGAGCCCGCAGUGAGGGCAGCCAGACACCUCGCUGAUCCACAGUGUCACUGACAUUCAGAAGCUGACGUAACGCCGGGAACAUUCCUACAACAAAACCUCUUUUAAUACGAGUCCACCCCAGUGUCCUGAUAUCUUGAUCCUAAUUUUAGGAUAUGGUUGAUAGUCAUCAUGUUGAGUGUGUGUGCGGCAAUCGGUGUGACGAAAACUUUCACGAGUACGCAGCGAAGAAUCACAAAUAAUGCAUUUUUGUGGCAACAAAGGAACAGGGCAAUACAGUAACGGCGUAAUGGAUUGCAUAUUAGAAAGCAUAAUUAUAUAACUACAUGAAUUGCAAAACUCGUUACAAAAAAAAGAAAUGUACUCCGUGUUACUUUGCAACAUGUUGCACCCAACACUGGUGCAGAAAUGCAUUAGGCAGAUGUAAGACCCUCUGAUGUCAUCCCUUGUUGCAGAUAAUGGAGCAGUAGUCAUUUUCACAGGAGCUUUACAGAAACGGCUUCAUAUACAGCGUCCGUGUCGGCACCCUGUUGCAGCCUUCAUGCAGGUACUGGCAGGUGGCUCGACGCCCUGCUCCAUCAGUGUGACCACUGUGGAUUAACUAAUAGUAGAUCAUGUACUCGAGAGGCUACAUUGGGUUUUGAUGGCUGUGACAGAUUAGAGUGCUCGACCCGCCAUAACCAGCACACUGGGAAUGUGAUCUAGAGGAGCUCCUCCUCUCCAGCAGAGACACAUGCUGCAGGGCUGGAACAAGAUCGCGGACUGAACUGCAGCUCCAGAUCAGGAGCUGCAUUCCUCUGUGAUGGUGCGUACAGCAAUAGCGCCACCUGCUGGCUGAUUGUGUUCAGUGUCCCUGCAACGUUAAAAAUACAAUCUGAUAUAAUUCAAACUACAGCCACGUAAAGUAGAAGAAUAUUCAGUUUUAUCAGGGGUUGGUUCUUAGUGUGGGACACUCAAAUUGUUACUUAUCUCUAAUAUCUGUCCUUCAAACACACUGAGGACAAGUAUAAGUUUUAGCUUUAGGAUAUAAUUAUGUUUUUGUCACAGCUGCUAAUACAAUUAAAAAAAUAUCUUUGCCAAAUAGAAUCAGGUCUACAUGCCCUCUAAAUGUAAACGCCACCACAGACAGCCGUUUAAAUACAAACUCAGAUUCCAGAUGGUGAAGGGAGUUGGGUUGAAUGUGAAUACAUAAAGGUCCAUGACAUGUAGUAAAGUGUGUUUUCAUGCAGGACAAAUGGUUGUAGGAUCUGUGUUUGUAUGCUGUGAAUGCAUGUGUGUGUUAAUUAGUGAUAAUCGUGAAAGCAAGGAGGCAUAGCAGGUCUGUCUGGUGAGCUUUAGGGACUUCAACACGUUGCAGUAGGAAUGUAAGAUUGUGGGUCAGAGUCGAAGCUCUGUCAUCCAUAACUUUGGGUCGGGAUCGGUUAAGAGAUUUAACAAUUAACAUGAAUCCAAUCAAUGUGUGUUUUCAUGACUAUCCUUUUUCCAAAGCUAGCACUGUGAGCAUUUCUAUUAGUCUCAACGAGCAGCAGUUUAACGUAGCACUUGCUAGAACAGCAACACGCUGUGCUCUCCUUAUUUAAUCUGAAUGUACUGAUCUGUGAAAGGAUGUGGAAUAGUGCACUCAUCGGAAGUUAAGCCCUUUUUUUUAAAUAAAAAAAAAUAAAAAUGCGAUUACUUUAUUAAAGUAUCACCUGUAUGUAAAGUAACAUUUAAAACUGAUUUUGUAUUUUAAGA